AUGGUCACCUUCUCCACUGCCCCUUUCUCGUCGACACCCCAGCUGAACACAAGUGCAAACUCUCCAGGCAACCUCACCUCAAGUGCGGGUGCUUUCACUGGUCCCCUGACCACCGCCAGUACCCAGCAGCAGACAGAUGCCAUGCUGCAGUCCUUUGCACCUGGUAGCAACAGUGGAAGCAACGCUAGCAUGGGUAUUGCCAUGCCCAUCACUGGCAACACACACCCUUGGCAGCAGUUUGUCACCCAGGAUUUGCCUGUCUUUAAAAUAGUUCAAGCAAUAUUUCCAUCACCAGACCCCCAGGCCAUGAAAGACAAGCGAAUGGGAAACCUGGUAGCCUAUGCCCGCAAAGUAGAAAAGGACAUGUACGAGCAAACCAGCAGUAGGGAGGAAUACUAUCACCUCUUGGCUGAAAAGAUCUACAAGAUCCAGAAGGAGCUAGAGGAGAAGCGACAGAAGAGGAUGCAGGAGACGGGAGGCACUAAUACUGCUGCUGGAAGCAUCCCCACAACAGCAGCCAAACAGCUGCCCCAGCCACAGCCUCCCCAAUAACUUCCCAGAUCAGGAUGCCCAAUGGGAAAAUAUAACUCUUUCCAUCAACUUGUAUCAGAAUUAACUACAUGGUUUUGAAGGUUUAUUUUGGUGUCAGUGUUACUGUGACUCAGUAAUGAAAAGUGGAUUGGUAGAAUGGGGCAUCAGG